UAGGUAGGUACCUACCUACCAUGUACCUACCUACACUUUAUGAUUUAUCAUGGACAUUGAGUCCGUUGUCAUAACGUCGCGAAUUCAGCGACAAAUAUACCACCAUCAAUCAAUUAUGAGUGAUGUAAAUAAUAGAUAAGUAGGAGUUAUCAACCAGUAUUAUCCGCAAAAAUUUUCUUAUUGAGUAUUCUGGAUAUCUUGAGCGUAUUUUUAAGGCAGCAGUCAUGACUUUACCGUUGCCUAUACCUCCGUGUUCAAAAAGAGAUGGUGUUAGCGGUUUAAGUUGUGAUCAUUUUGAUUAUACUGAUCUGAAAAGUAGUAUGGCUACAACAUUGCUUGCUCCCGUAAAAACUGAAAGAGAUAUUCUUGAACACUCCAUGUACGAAGACGACCCGAAUGCUAAUACUCAAUUACCAAGUGAAGUGGGUACUCAACCUAGAUGGGGACCGCGACAUCGUGGUGCUCAAGAGCUUGCAGAGCUAUAUAGUCCUGGAAAACGUCUGCAAGAAUGGGUAUGUGUCAUCGUAUGUUGCACUCUAUGUGCAAUUGCAGGACUUUUGAUGGCUAAAUAUGUUCGACCGGAUGCCUCUUUGCUUCUGGCGGCACUUGCUGGAGUUCUCACAGCUGAUUUUGCAUCAGGAUUUGUACACUGGGCAGCUGAUACCUGGGGUGCUGUUGAUCUUCCGAUAAUCGGCAAGAAUUUUUUGCGUCCAUUCCGCGAACAUCACAUUGACCCCACCUCAAUAACUCGGCAUGAUUUUAUUGAAACAAAUGGAGACAAUUUUGCUAUAACUAUUCCUGUUUUAGCGAGAAUAGUGUGGCAGUUAUUGACGUAUGAUGUUGUCACAAUUAAUGAACAAUUUCACUGGAUAUCUUAUUGGUAUCUGUGUUGCAUAUUUGUGGCGAUGACAAAUCAGAUCCACAAAUGGUCCCACACCUAUUUCGGCCUCCCCACUUGGGUGGUUUGGCUUCAAGAGUGGCACAUAGUGUUGCCUCGACGCCAUCACCGUAUACACCACGUGGCGCCGCACGAGACUUACUUUUGUAUAACUACAGGUUGGUUAAACUGGCCUCUAGAGAAAUUGCACUUCUGGUCCAAUCUAGAAAACGUCAUUGAAGCUCUCACUGGAUGCAAACCAAGGGCAGAUGAUAUGAAGUGGGCACAAAAACGUUCUUAGAAAAUGCCUGACGACGUUUUUUCUUAUAACUAUAAUAGCUAGGUGAAAAUGACUUUGUAUUGUUAUACUAUUAUUAAUCUCAUUGAUAUGCAAGUCGUGAUGGUUGCUUUUAAUAGUAUGGUUAUUUAUUUAUUUAUACAUAUAUAUUUGAAUAAUGUAUGUUUACCACAAAACUUUCCAAAGAAUUAAUAACUUUAAAUACCUGAUUAUUGGCGACUAAAAAUAUAGAUAAUAAGAUAGGUACAAGUACAACAGCUAUUUUUAAAAUUAUGGUACUUUUUUAAAAUAAUAAUGUAUCAGCACAAUUUUUCUACAUAUAAGUAAGUACUAUUAGUGCGUAAUUUUAUUCCUGGAAUUCUUUAAGAUAUUACAAAUAUUGAGUAAAUAUAAUUUUGGAUUUUUUUGCAGCUUAAAAUGACAGUCGCUAUUCGCUGCAUUAAUAAAUAAUUUAAUGUGCCUUAUGCCUUUCAAAUUCGAUUUGAAUAGUAAACCACUAGAAUUUAUUAAACGGUUAUAGAUUCGGGGCUCAUUGUCUGUUAAUACGCGUAAUUUGUAUUAAUUUAUAAAUAGUUCCUAAUAACUUAACUUAUAAAAAGAUAAAUAUUAAAUUUAGAAGAAAUGAAACAAUUUCAUCCUACACAAAAUAUAUUUUGUGAAAAUAUAUUUUCACAAUAUUUUCACAAAAUAUAUGUUAAAACUAAAAUUUGUAAUAAUAAAUUGUCUAACUAGCCUAUGAAAUUAGCGUUUAGGUCUUACAAAAAAGAUCGUCAUUUAUUUUUAUUAUUAUUGUUGUUUGUUUUUACUGCGCGGCCACACACUCGACUAGUGGUAUGGGAAGUAACGAGGAAAGUAGGCGAGACAUAGUGUGGACACGUUACUCGUCGUGCUCAUCGUCCUGCUCACUGCUCCCUAUUUUGUCGGUAUUUGCGCACGAGUCAAAGGACCGACAAUACGAGUGCGAUUAGGGAUG